AUUGUCUGAACAAUGAUGGCACUGUUUCAUCGGAUUCUCUUUGGCUGUAUUUGUAAGGAAGAUAGAAACUUUGAGACAUUGAAGCUAGCAGCAAUUCCAACAGGCAUAGGCCUGAGCCUUCUCCCUUUCCGAGUUCAUGCUGGAAGUGAAGAUAAGCAGGGUGGCAUCUCCCUUAAAGUUGAAGAGCUUUCCCUUUAUACAAAACCAGAGGAUGAUUAUAAAUAUGUUGUGGAGACCACAGAGCUGGAGGAAAGUAUUUCAACAGUCAGGAAAUCUGUGGAGCCAUAUACAACUUGGGUUCAGGAUUUUCUUACAGUAUUAAAGCCAAAAAUAGAACAUUCUGUCCACUUAGGAAAAGAAAGUUACGAGUUUCUGAAAAAUCCACCACCAGGAUUUUACCCUCGCUUUGGUGUCAUAGGCUUUACUGGCAUCAUUGGACUCUUUCUAGCAAGAGGUUCUAGAAUCAAGAAACUAAUUUACCCAUCAGGACUAAUGGCCUUGAGCACUUCUUUGUAUUACCCACAACAGGCUGUUACAGUGGCUAAAACUACAGGAGAAUCACUUUAUGAAUGGAGUUUGCAGAGCUAUGUUACCUUAGAGUCACUUUGGAAAGAAUAUACCUCAGAAGACAGUAAUAAAAAGAAAAACAAAAAGAAUGAAGGAUCACAUGAUGAAGACAGUCAAAAACAUCCUGUUAGUGAGACAAAGAGCUGAAUAUGUGAGACCUUGAAUUGGAACGGCUGAAGCAGAUUUCAGGAUUAACCAGCAAUCUUUGCAUUAGUACACUCCUUGAUGAAUUUGGCUGGAGGACUGACACUCAGGGAGUUGACAGCUUUUACAGGUUCAUAAUCUGCACUGUGUUAUAGUCUAUUUAAAAUACUGUACAGUUACAAAGUUGGUUUUAAACUUCCAAUGUAAUUAUUAUAAAUAAAUAUGUGUACAGUAUCACAUUUUUAUUUUACAAUCUAUUUUCUUUGGCAAGUAUAUCUGUUCUUUAUUUUUAAUUUGCUGUACAUCCUGAUUGUAAUAUUCUGUUGAAAGAUGUUUUAUGCCAGUUCUGCAAAUUUUUGUGAAACUUCUAAAUCAGGAGGCUUUUGUGCAACAUUUGUCAGAGGUUUAAGUGACUUGCUAGCGGCUACACAGUAAGUCAGGGGCAAAGAUUAAACUGACAUCUUGAAGUUUAAAGUCCAUAGUUUUAGCCACUAGACUGUGCUCACUGUCUCUAUUGCUCAGAUUACUAGUCUGCAUAUUAUACAAGUUUUAGUUAUGCAUUGGCAGUCAACUCCUCAACAGUAGAUAUUAUUCGUUAGAAAAAAAAACAAACUAGUAACUUAUAUACAUGAAGUAACACAUGUAUACUAUGUGCACUAAUGUAAAGUAUAUUGCAACAAAGUGCAGUCACAAUUAGAACUGAUGGAAGUUUGUUCCUCCCAUAAUCACAUGGCUUAGGUUACUGCAUACACUCUUGUAAAAGGGUAAGUACACCUCAUGAAAGUUAUAUUAAGAUUUGAUCUUCAUUUGAACAGUAUCUUUAGGUAAUAUACAGGCAGAGUGGUGGCUCUGAGGCAAUCAGAAGGUUGCGGUUCUGAAUCUCAUAAAUGCCACAUCUGACUCAACUCCAUUGGACCCUUGAGCAAGACCCUUAACCUGCAAUUGCUUCAUCCUGGGUUUGACAAUCUGCAUCCAGCCCUGCAAGCAGGUCCUCCAGCUUGCAGGGAAAACGUGGGUAUUGGUGGCAGGAUUAGCCCUCUAGCCAACAUAAAAAUCCUCACAGUUCCAGUGUGGUGUUGAGGUGUCACCCGCUGCACUCAUGUCCCAAUCCAGGUGGUUCGUCGUGUGGUGGUCGUCACAAUAUGCUAUCAUUGCAUGCUCCCAACUUCUCCCCUCUUAUUAGAUAAUUUAAUUGGAAAAAAGAUUAUUUGACUUUGCAAUAAUAUAUACAAUGAAAAAUUUGAUAUGAUAGGCCAUUUAUGCCAUUUCCUUCUGAGGAAAUCGUAAGUACACCCUUGGCUGUAAUAGCUGGCAUUGUCCCUUUUUGCAGAAACAGUCUCAGGCAGGCAUUCUAUAUAACUGUUUACCAGUCUCUGACAUCAACUUCAUUUUGCUUCCUUUUUUUAUGUUUAGGGACACUUUCAUGUUGCAAAGUCCAAUUUCAUUUGAGCUUCUGUCUUCUCACAGACAGUCAAUUAUACAUGAGCAACACCUAGAACAAUGAAGAGUUCAUAGAGAAUUCUGUGGUGGUGCCCAGGCCCAGACUUAGAGUAUUAGCCCCAAACCAUAAUACUUUGGCUACUGUGCUUUAGAGUUCGUGUUGCGUUCUUUGGUUUAACCAAACUUGUCUACUAGUACUGUAGCCAAAUAACUUUAUAUUUACUUCAUCUGUUCAGAGCUCAUUGUUUCUAGAAUCCUGGUCUUUUCCUAGGUGUUCAUGGGCAAACAUUAAUCUUGUCCUGACGUUCUUUUUGGACAGAAAAGGUUUCCUCCUGGCACACCUACCAUGUUGAUCUAAUUUGUGCAUCAUGUAUUGAAUAGUAGACUCAUGCACUUUGACAUUAACAGAGCUACCUGUAGGUCCCGUGAUGAAAUUCUGGGAUUCUUGAAGACUUAUCUCAGCAUGUCGAGUUCUACUCUUGGGAUGAAUUUGCUGGAUAUGCCUGGCUUAGACAAGUUGGCUUUUGUUUGAAAUUUUCUCCAGUUGAAGGUAAUAUUCAGCAUGGUUUGAUGGUUGAUUUCCAGUUGUUUGGAGAUUUUAAUAAAUCCCAUCCCAAACUCAUAGGUAUAUGUAGUCUUCUUUUAGAAAGCUGCAGAGACUUAUUUCGAUUUAGGCAUGGUGAUAACAGACAAAAUAUAAAAUAUAAAGGUGGAAUGGUGUUUGUUAUAUCACCUUUACUUAUAGAUACUGUUUAACUGAAGAACAAAACUUGAUAUGUCCACAUUUGUUAAAAAAAGUAAAUAUUUCAUGGAGUGUACUUACUUUUUUGCAUGACUGUAUACAGCCAUGUGAUUUUGGAAGGAACAAUAACAAACUUCCAUCAGUUUCAUGUUCCAUUCUUGGACACAACUUCCUGGAUUUGCUUUAUUCAAAAGUUAAAGAUGCCUUUAAAUGUACAAUAAACCUGUGGUACCAUUGAUGA